AACAUAGAAAGGUAUUGGUUGAUGUGUAUAUUGUUUGCUUAUUGUCGGAUGGGUUGGUUUAAAAUUUUGCAUUCUGCCUUCCCUUUGUUCUGUGGUCCCCCUUGUUGUAAUGCAUGUCACGCAGCUGGUCCCAUCGUCAACGAUGGAGAAGUUUGCUGGCGAAGAUGAUGCGAAUGGCUGUGUACUGUCGGUGGGAAGUUCGCCGGCGAAGUCUACCUCUACGUGUACGAAAUGCCUAUGCGGAAUAGAAUCACCAGUGAUGACUUCUCGCACGCAGAAAAAUCUUGGUAGAAGGUUUAUUGGAUGCGGUAAAUAUAAGAGCGAAAGUGAUCGGGGUUGUGAUUAUUUUAUGUGGGUUGACGAAGAAGCUAUGCUCCCUGUGUCACAGUUUGAUGCCCAAAUAGCUGAUCAGAAGAAAGGUUUUGAAACUGAAGUGGCAAAGUUGACGUUGCAAAUUGCUGCUGAAAAGGAGAAACGUCAUUGCACUGUUAGUAGGGCAAUGUUGCCGUGA